AUGUCUUCCAAACCUAAAGAUAUACUCACCUCUCUCUCACCAACGCUUCUCUCUCACAACAAUGAACGAAAAAACUCCGAAUACGGUUUAAUAGGAGCAUUUCGUUCGUGUAGUCAUUUUCUCAUUCAUUCAUUGUAUUUAUUGUUGUACUCUUGUUAUUUGAUAUAUCAUCAUGUGUGGAAGAGGAUUUCCCAAAUGAUGAUGAUGAUGAUGGUCGGAACAAGUGAUCAUCCCUCUUCAUUGACUCAUCUAUUCAACCAAGAUACUACUAUUAGUAAAUUUCCGAAUCAUUUAGCAAUAGCAAUAGAUACAGAAAUGCUUUCUCCACACAUUCUUCACACAAAUUCACACAUUGCAACAAGACUCGAUAAGUUGAGCAGUUUGGAUGGACUAGUCAUGAAACAAAUUCAAAACAUUAUAUAUUGGUCAUUGACAACAUUUUCAAAUCUAAACAAUCAUUCCAUUCAGAGUAUUGCAUUCUAUGAUAAACAUGGAAUAUUAGAACAACAUUCAAAACAAAUUUUUGACUUUGUUGAAAGAGCACUGAUACAGAGCAGUGAUGAAUUUACGAUCAAUCAAAAUAUUAAAAUUGUAGAGGUCAGACAAGUUGAAAAUGAAAUUCCAUACUUGAAAAUUUCAACAACAAGGAAUAUUUCUCAUAUUCAAAGUUUAACCGUUCGAUUACUAAGUUUUCAAAAUUCUGGAAAACCAAGCAUUACAAAAUUAGCCAAUUCCAUUUAUGAAGAGUUGAAACAUCAUGAACAAGAUUUGGAACAUUUCAAUGAAUUAGUAAGGCAUAAGGUGAAUGAGACCCUGCAUCGUCACAUCAAAGAAAAUAUUCCUGAACCAAAUAUUUUAAUUUCAUUCAGUAAUCCUGUGUUAAUUCUUCAUGGCUUUUCUCCUCUGCAUUUGAAGUAUACUCAAAUUGCUCAUGUUGAAAAGUGUUUUGUCAAACAAUUCACAGAAACAGAUUUUGUGAAAUGUAUUUUUGAAUACAUCUCGUGUAAUCAAAGAUUUGGCAAAUGA